AUGGUUGGUGUUCCCGGACGCUCCAAGGCGUGCGCGACGUGCCGCCGGCGCAAAAAAGGUUGCGAUUUCCAACGACCGUCAUGUACCCAAUGCCUGCGUGCAGGCCUCGAAUGCGGCGGCUACGAACGCGGCCGCAUCUUUGUCCACACUACGCAGCACCGCCCGUCGGCGCUGGUGUCUGUCCGCGAGAGUGCAUUUGCACCCGGCACGACCGUCGACAUUGGUGCAACACCGAGCAGCACGAGCACGAGCUCUGGUCUCUCGUCGAUUACCAACAACCAAAGCCGAAACACCUCGAUUGUCAGCGGCGUGACCCCGAGCCCCACACCAAAUAGUUAUGACAACGGUCUGCCGGGUGGCUUUGGUUUCCCGAAUGGCUAUGCCAACCACCUCCCGAACGGCCUGCCAAACGACCUCCCAAUCGACUUCGACGACGAGCCGAAUGACUACACAAACGACGGCAACGGCCCUAUAUACGACCAACCGAACGCCCUGGUCACAAACUAUGUUGCUACCAACGGCGCCCUGACCAACGCCACGCCGCCGCAUACACCCAGCCGGCAAACGCCGACGUUACAAACCCCGCGAGCCACUCCUUCACCGCGGCGAAGACCUGACCUGCGCAUCGUGCCAACGUAUUACGGGGCCGGGUCCUCGCUGGGGUCGGACAGCAGUCUGAUCGGGUCUGCGCGCGAGGAGAAUCUGCUCGCCACGUUUUGGCAGGCCUACCUGCCAAACAGCACCAUCUUCCCGCCGCAGGCCGUUGGCUAUGCCAGUGGCGGCUGGACGAACGUGGUGCAAGAGCUGUACCGCAAAGAUCCGGUGUUGCGCCACACGCUCAUGGCAAACUGCUUCUCGGCCGCCGCACGCACCGCCGAAACAAAAGACGACUCUCGGGCCUUGGCUGAGCAGAGUUUGCGCUCGCACGGCCGAGCGCUGCACGAAUUGCGUGUGGCUCUCGACAAUCCGCAGAAAGCAAGGAGCGACAGUGUAUUUUCUACCCUGCGGCUCAUGAUUAUGUUCUUCUCGGAUCGAUACGAAGAAGACCGGAGGGCGCGCGCCCGCGGCUGGAAGGAGCACAAUGCAGGCGUGCUUGCCCUUCUUCGGGCGCGUGGGCCUGAAGCCCACAUCUCUGGCCACGGUCAUCAGAUGUUCGUUGACUGCCGCCUCGCUCUUAUUGUGGCGGCCAUGCGUAUUCGCAAGAGGUCACCCCUCAACAGCCACCAGUGGAUGACGAUCCCGUGGUCGCAGAUCCCCAAGACGCCCAAAGAUCGGCUCAUCGACAUCAUGUCCGGCAUGCCGACCAUCCUUGAGAACAUCGACUGGCUCGAGCAGAUGCCGCGCAACAAAGAGUACGACGAGUUCCGCAGGAAGGUGAUCAAUACGUGCUGGUCCUACGACGAGCAGCUCAGCGCAUGGUACGAAGAGAACGUUCCCAAAGACCGCCUCUUUGCCCUCGAACAGAGCACCUUGCACAGCGAAGGCGCGUUCCGGCCUCUGCCGGAAGACGGCGAAGAAUACGCCCUCCCCACAGAGGACCUGUCGAUUGUCUACAUCAUGACGGUCUACUGCACGGCCUGUCUGCUGCUCUACAGCACCAUGCAUUCGCUGAAUGUGCCCGACCUCCCCGAGCGUGCCAACGUGAGCCAAUACAUCAACAAGAUUGCGCUGUACCUACAGGUCUUUUUCCAUCCCAGCACGGGCCAGUACGGCCUGGAGAUGACGUCCUUCCCGCUCGGCAUGUGCCUGCAAAUCCUGUCGUCCAACUUCCCCAUCGGCGGCGAUCCAGUCAAGGAGCGUGCCAAGUUCACACGGUUGCUCGAGACGAACCGCGGCAAGGAGAUCCUCGACUUCUUGCGCAGCAUGCUGAACACCAACGAAACAACAAAAUCAUGA